UGUCAUCCUGCAUUACCACCUAUAAGAAGACACCGCCCCCAGUCCCACCGAGAACUACCACCAAACCGUUUAUUUCCAUCACAGCCCAGAGCAGCACAGAGUCUGCCCAAGAUGCAUAUAUGGAUGGACAUGGGCAGAGGGGAGAUAUCAUCAGCCAGUCUGGACUUAGCAACUCCACAGAGAGCUUGGACAGCAUGAAGGCACUAACAGCUGCUAUUGAAGCUGCCAAUGCGCAAAUCCAUGGCCCUGCAAGUCAACAUGUAGGGAACAACACUGCCACCGUCACCACCACCACAACCAUUGCCACUGUUGCAGUAGAAGACAGAAAGAAGGACCACUUCAAGAAAAACAGAUGCUUAUCUAUUGGAAUACAGGUUGAUGGCGCUGAAGAAUCCACCAAAUCAAGUGAAAAUAAAGCAACCAGUAAGUUCCAGUCCAUAGGAGUUCAAGUAGAAGAGGAGAAGUGCUUUCGCAGGUUUACACGAUCUAAUAGUGUAACAACAGCUGUGCAAGCAGACCUGGAUUUCCAUGAGAACUUUGAAAUAAUCAACCCUCAAGAGGACAAUACAUGCUCUGGACAAAUAUCAAGACAAUUUUCUCGAGAUGCAAGCACUUCUACUGUUAGCAUACAAGGGUCAGGAAACCAUUACCAUGCAUGUGCAGUGGAUGAUGACUUUGAUACAGAUUUUGAUCCGUCAAUUUUACCUCCUCCUGAUCCCUGGAUUGACUCUAUUACUGAAGAUCCUCUGGAAGCAGUUCAAAGGUCAGUGUGCCCACGAGAUGGCCACUGGUUUCUGAAGCUACUUCAGGCAGAGAGAGAUCGUAUGGAGGGCUGGUGCCAACAGAUGGAGAGAGAAGAACGGGAAAACAACUUACCUGAGGACAUUCUAGGGAAAAUUCGAACUGCAGUGGGCAGUGCCCAGCUUCUCAUGGCCCAGAAAUUUUACCAGUUCAGAGAACUCUGCGAAGAAAACCUGAAUCCUAAUGCACAUCCACGGCCGACCUCCCAGGAUUUAGCAGGGUUUUGGGAUAUGCUGCAGUUGUCCAUAGAAAACAUUAGUAUGAAAUUUGAUGAACUUCAUCAGUUAAAGGCCAAUAAUUGGAAACAGAUGGAUCCUCAUGACAAGAAGGUAGAACAUUGUAGAUUUUGUAUGCUUCAUUUAAAACCCUGCACAAAUACUGGACAGAUUAAAUAG